UUCAGUGUAAACGGAAGUAAACAGUGACGAAGAACAAUUUCCACGUUAGCGUUUUUAUUUAGAGGUUUAUUAACACCAUGGAAAUCAACAUUUUACUCAUUUAACUGCACAGCAUCACAUAAUUGCCCCAUAUAGUGUUUAAUUCACGUUGGAAAAAGGACUUGGUUGAUAGACGUUAUCUAUGUAUGUGCCGCAGGUUAGUUAGUUGCUAACAAUGGCUAACUGUGUGGUUUUUCACACUCAAAUAGCCUCCAUCAUGGAGGUGCUAGCAAAUGCAGCCGUGGCAGAGAUCUGUAAACUCGUAGACGACGACUAUGCAGUGUUUCGUUUGGAAAUAACUCAAAGCCAGAAAGAAAACAGGACAUUACGGAGGAAACUACAGGUACAGGAACUGAAGGUAGCACGGGAGCGCGCAGAGAGGACAAUGCGAGAGCGCGUCCUCGUCAGUCGUUCCAGUAGUGUCAAGAUCCUCGACCGAAACAGAGGAAUGGCAAGAGGUGAAGGACAUCUCACUGGAGGCCACAGGAGCUUUGUGAAGCCAGCGGGACACAAUACAUGGAGAGAUGACCAACCAAUCACUGUUGAUGAGGGGAGUGGAACCUCAACCCAGCAUGUUAUCAUGAUAGAGGCUGCAGAUGCAGAGGCUGCAGGUCCUGGAGUCAAACAGGAGAGGUCUGAAGGAGAGGAGGACCCACGGCACAGCAGAGACAUCCAGACUGGAGCGCCUGGAUCGCCCUCUUUAGCCACUGCAAACCGCACCACCGCCACCACGCAGCCCAAUACCAUUUGCAGCAUCACGGAGGUCAGUGGAACGCUGAACGGCAUCCGCAAGUCAGAGACUUUAACUGUAACACAGAGACCAGAGACACUGGGGCUGGGACCACUGGGCUGUCCUCCUGCUCCUGGCUCAGAGUAUUUACUUUACGGUAACCCAAGGACGGUUCAUUCCCAUCGGGACUCAGGUGAUGUGUUAGAGACUGGCAAUGAAGCGUCUUGUUCUUACUCUACAGAGAUGGACCCUGGCAACAUUCCCUUGGAUUUAGAUACACAGACUGAUCUGUCUAGAGGGGACUGGAACCAGUACAGUGGUAGUGUGUACUCUGAAGGGCGCCUAGAUAAGAAAGGGGAGGUUAUAGUGGUAGAUGAGGUGAAAGUGGAGGGCGAUGUUCCUCCCACAUGGAAUGCAGAUACUCACUUAGGAGAUGGACUCUCACAGGGCAGAGAUUUCUUAGAUUACAGGGAAAGCUUAGAGACAAAUCCAAAUGUCGCGACCCACUUCCCUUUAAACGACCUCAUGGAUCGCAACCCAGUGUCCACGUCGAUGCGGCCUUCCGAUUCACACGGCCGCGUCCUUUUUGAUCAGGUAUUGAACUCAAAUGACAGGACUAGAGCCCAGGUUCAGGGAGGGGGAGCCACAUCAGGCAAUAGUAAAGAGAAACGGUUCCUCUGCAUGUUCUGUAACAAAGGCUUCAGCUGCCCCCAGAAGGUGGAGAUCCACCAGAGGGUCCACACAGGGGAGAAACCAUUCAGCUGUACCCAGUGUCACAUGCGCUUUGCUGAGGCUGGCAACCUGAAACGGCACCAGAGGGUCCACACAGGGGUGAAACCCUUCAGCUGUACCGAGUGUCAUAUGCGCUUCGCCCAGGCUGGUGACCUGAAGAGGCACCAAAGGGUCCACACGGGAGAAAGGCCAUUCGCCUGUAAUCACUGCGGGAAGAGGUUCUCUGAGAGGAGAUACCUAAGGAUACACCAGCAGAAAAUCCAUUCCACUCUUUAACAUAAAGUCUGCAGUCCAUGAAGACCUGCUGAUAUCCUGUGUUGCUAUCGGGAGGAGACUGGACCUCUGAAGUGGCUGGUUACAAACCCUGGCCCCAGAUCUGGACCCUGUAACAGAAGCCUUCCUUCCUGAGUCGGAACCGGAACCACGACUGACAGUCUUCACCACCACACAGAACACAACCAGUGGACAGGUGGACUGAACAACCUCAGACCUUGUAGUCAUCAGAGAGACAGAGGCUCCAGUCAGGGAUCCAGUCUGCAGCACAGACCCUUCUCUUCACAGUCUCAGUGCAGGGAUGAAGCAGGGCCUGGGGCUGAUAGAGAUAUAUCCUCCUAGUGGUCAAACAGGGAUAUAUCCUCCUAUGAUACAAACACCACAGUAUCCAUGAUGAGCAGAGCAGGUCACCCUGGGCUUCAGCCUUCACAGAGAGUGGUGGGAGACCCCCCUGGUGGUAGUCUAUCAGGAAGUCUGUCUUCUCCUUACCUCAGGCUUACCCCCCCAAUGCAGACAGGGUCAGGAUGGGCAUUCACCACGAGAGGUACGUAGCCUAUAACAGAGCACACAGCCCAACAACACCCAAACAAUGGCUAGAGGUCAAGGAGGGAGCUCAAAGACUAACCACCUGAGGGUGGUGGCUCCUGCUUCUACCUCCUCUGGUGUCAUCGGGUCACAAUUUGGGAGGCUGAGCAUUAGGACGUACGCCGACAAGCCAUACGCCUGCCCCAUGUGUGGAAAGCGUUUUACUGAGGCGAACUAUGUGAAGAAGCACCAGACCAUUCACAUCAAGGAAGGAGAGGCGCUUGAAGUUCAAACUAUGUUACAAGAGCUUCUCCUUCCGGAGUAACCUAACCAGCAUAAAGUGCACCUGCGCUUCUUGAUAUGCCACACCUGUCAGGUGGAUGGAUUAUCUUGGCAAAGGAGAAAUGCUCACUGACAGGGAUGUAAACAAAUUUGGCACAAAAGUUGAGCAAAGUAAGCUUUUUGUGCGCAUGGAACAUUUCUCUUAUCUUUUACUUCGGCUCAUGAAAUAUGAGACCAACACUAUACAUGUUGCGUUUAUAUUUUUGUUCAGUGUACAUCCUCCCAGUAGGGUAAAUAUUCAACUGUCCUUUUUCUAGACUAGGUUUACUGUCGCUCUAAAAAAAAUGGUUUUACACAAUCCUGUUUCAAAUGACAAGUUAAUAAUGGGUUAAUUACCCAUUAUUAUAAACAAGUCGUACACUCUUACCCAGUUUGUAGAGACCCCUCUAAGAUUAGCAUAACCCAGGCAUUUUAUCCGUGUUUCUCAUAACCGGGAUACAAGCCUUUUCGGGUUAUUGUAAACGCGAUAUGUUUUAUAUGCGUCAACUCAAAAGUAGAAUACUUGAGUAUCCCGAAUAAAAACGGGAUAUGGGUGUGCAUGUACACGUGGUCAGUGAUUUUAAAAAUGUGUUAGAUUGUUGGCAGAGGCAUUGGGGUGAAAGUAAGGGAGACUUAUUUAUAUUACAAGGAAAUCUGUACUAUAAUGUAAUGGGAACAGAAGGGAGAAGUUAUGUUGUGGUGGAUGAGAUUAGGGCAUAUGGGAUUGAAUUCUUAUUUUGAAAUUGAUAGGGAAACAUGGUACUGGAAUUAGGUUUGUAGGGAAUUAUUUUAUUUUAUUAGAAAUUCUCUAUAGCAGUAUAGAGACCCACAGUGGAGGUGUCAUAAUACCCAUAAAACCUAGUGGUCAAACAGGGAAAUGGUUCCAAAUGUUUUUCCACCGCCACCAUUUUUUCCCAUAGGUGAUUUUAGAAACACUUAAUAAGCGCUGUGUUUCGUGUAGGCUUACCCUGGCGUGACAUUUUGAUAAACUUGUAAAUCGGACAAGGUGACUUUUAUCAAUACAUUCGUCUCGAUUUACUCUCAGAUUUAAAAAUUCUAAUUAGCAUCAAAGAUCAUCAUGCAAAACUACAAAUCCCUGCAAGCUCCUGCCCAUCAUCUCUAGCUGACACCUUUGCUAACAGAUAUCGUGUCAGUUUUAAACAUGCUCAAGACAGUUCACAGAAUUUUCCAUUUAAAGAAAUGUUGCCAAUUUAUUCUUUACUACAUUUAGCUAACAUUACAUAGUUAAUCCAGAGAUUCUUACCUUCGGCAGUCUCAUACAGAUAUUCAUGGCAUUUGUAGUGCUUUAUGAUUGGCACAUUAGCAGUUAGUUAAUUAGCAUUUCAUUUUAGGUGGGUAAAUACAGGCAGAUAUAUUGAUAAGUCACCUUGUCUUAGAGAUUUACACAGUUAUCAAAAUGUCAUGCUAGGGUAAGCCUACAUGAAACACAGCCCUUAUUUUAAGUCUUUCUAAAAUCCUAUAUGGGAAAAAUGAAUGGUGGAAAAACGAUUGGAACCAUUUCCUUGUUUGACCGCAAGGUUUUAUGGGUAUGACUUAUACUAUGGUCCUCUAAUGGUAGUGGCAUGUAUUCAUGGAUGCCAAGGGAAGCCAGGCUUCCCCAAAAAAUGUACAAAAAAUAUAAUUAAUAUAUACACUGCUCAAAAAAAUAAAGGGAACACUUAA